AUGCGCGGGACCACGGGCGCGCGCUUGGGGUCGGUCGAUGGGGCGCGCGCGCGCGUCCAGCGCGUGACGCGCGCGGAAGGGACGACCGGGACGAACGCGCGUGGGUCCGCCGACGACGCCCCGCGACGGAUCACGCGUAAGGUGAACGGCGUGAGCGUGUCGACGCAGAUACGGAUGGUGCGACGAACGCGCGAGCGCGAGUCCGGGGGCGCGGGCGGGGGUGGCGGGGCGGGGACGCGCGGGCGGACGACGGACAAGGCGGAGGGCGCGGCGUUUCGCCCGGCGCGGGACGGGGCGUACGAGGCUGAGCUGCGGCGACGACGGGGGGAGGCGCGUGCGGAGGCGAGGCGGGUGGGGGAGUUGGAGGCGUACGGUGGCGUCGGAACGGCGCCCGUGCUGUUGAUCGAUGGGUACAACGUGUGCGGGCUGGGGGAGGAUGGCGUCGAGGCGGCGAGCGAGGCGUUCGCGAAGGGAGACAUGGACGCCGCGCGCGUUGCGCUCACGAACGCGGUGGUUGAUUUCAAGAGUUUUAGUGGGUACAGGGUCGUGUUGGUCUGGGACGCCGAUCGGACGAAGGAUAAGGAUGAGGACGAGAUCGAGGGCGACUUGGACGCGGAUGGAUUUCAGGUCGUGUACAGCGUGAAGAACGACGCCGAUUCUUGGAUCGAAGCGCGCGUGGCGAAGGAAAAGGAGAUUGAUGAAAAUAAGGCGGUGUACGUGGCGACCUCGGACGGGGCGCUGAGCUCGAUCGCGCGAGGGAGCGGGGCGUACGUCAUCACGGCGAAAGCCUUCGUGGAGGAGCUUCGGCGGGCGACGUCCGAGGAGCGCGAGAUCCUUGAAGACGUCGCCAUCGCGGCGAGAUGGAACAGCUCGAAGAAAAUGAGUAAAAUCGGGGUCAAGGGCGAUGACGUCAAGCGAAAGCUCUUGGAGAUGUAUAAAACCGCGCCGAGCAUGGAGCUGCCGGUAAAUGCGCCGAGGGGCGAUUUCAAGCGCCAAUCCGAAGCCUCAAAGAGCACCAAGCAAGCGCCCAAGGCUCCGAAGUGGGCUGAAAUGCGCGCUCAGCGCCGCCAGAGCGACGAUUCUUUCUAG